CAUAUUACAGCACAGCUGCACAAGCAGAUCCCCUCUCACUAAUCAUCGGUCAUUAUUAACGCUCGAAGGAAACUUUGUUUUGUCAUUUAUUACCGGAUUGUCCGUCUUCAGUCCCAAUGAGGAAACAACGACCUGACUAGUGUGAGGAGAUGGGGACACUCAACAUUAGCGAGCAGUCUCUCCUGGUUCAGGCAGUGUUCAGCCAGAAUGCUGAAAUGCUGGAGUUUUUAUUGGAACAAAAUGAAGACGUCAACGAAUUGGACCAAGAGUGUCGCAGCGCUCUGCACGCCGCUGCGUUUGUGGGUGGUGCUCAUAUCAUGGACCUCCUCAUCAGUUCAGGUGCUAAUGUUAAUGCUAAAGAUCAGGAGUGGUUGACUCCUCUGCAUCGAGCAGCUGCUUCACAGAAUGAAGUGUCUGUGGGCCUGCUGAUGGAAAAGGGAGCAGAUGUGAACACACAGGACAGAUUCUGCCAGACGCCAUUACAUGUAGCUGCAGCCAACAGAGCCACUAAAUGUGUGGAUGUUUUGCUUUUUCACGAGAGCAGUUUAAAUGCAGCGGAUUGUUUUGGGAGAACAGCUUUACAUCACGCAGUGCACAGCGGGCACACAGAGACAGUGGCUGUGCUGCUGAACAAAGGGGCCAAUGUGAGUGCCAGAGACAUAAAGGACCGGCAGCCGCUCCAUCUGGCCGCCUUUCUAGGGAACAUGGAGGUCGUGAAGCUGUUGUUGGCGUUCAGAGCUGAUGUGUCCUGCAGGGAUAAACUGGCCUUCACUCCUUUACAUGCGGCAGCUCUUGGCGAACACACUGAAGUGCUCAAAUACCUGCUGAAACAUGGAGCACAGAUUGAUGAAGCGGAUGGUUCUGGAAACACUGCUCUUCACAUGGUGUGCAGUGCUGGUCUGGAGUCAGUAGUGUGUGACCUGGUGAACUGCGGUGCCGAUGUGAACCGUCCAAACCUGCGCGGCUCCACACCUCUGCAUCUGUGUGCUGAGUCCCCCGACGGAGCCCUGUGCCUGGAGCUGCUGGUCAAUAACGGAGCACACGUUAACAUUCCGAAUAAUGAAGGGAAGAGUCCUUUGCACAUGGCCGCCAUUCAUGGACACUUCACCCGUUCCCAAAUACUCAUUCAGAACGGCGCAGAAGUGGAGUGUGUGGAUAAUUAUGGAAACACUGCUCUUCACACUGCUGCUAAACAUGGACACGAGCUGCUCAUCAGUGAACUGCUGAAUAAUGGUGCAGACAUAGCCAGGCGAGGCAUUGAUGGCAUGACUCCAUUGCACUUGGCGGUGUUGUACGGCUAUUCAGACUGUUGUCUUAAGCUACUUACCUCAGGGUUUGAUAUAAACACACUGGAUGGCCUGAGCAGGACGUGUUUACAUAUUGCUGCUUCAGGAGGGAAUGUCGAAUGUCUUAAGCUGCUGUUGGACAGUGGUGCUGAUUGGAGUAUAAAGGACAACAUAGGAAGGACUCCACUUCACGCAUCGGCAUAUUCAGGAAGUGUCUCAGCGCUGGUGUUAGCGUUGAGCUGCGCUUCAGAUGUAGACUCAGUGGAUGAUGCCGGACGCUCCGCACUAAUGUUCGCUGCUGAAAACGGACACACGUCUGCUGUCGAAAUCCUCCUUCAUGAGGCCAGAGCGGAUCUGUCACUGCAAGACGUCAACAUGAACUCAGCUCUUCAUCUGGCCUGUAGAAGAGGUCAUGAAAUGUGUGCUCUCCUCAUGCUGGCGGAGACUGACGACACGUCGCUCAUCAGCUCCACAAACAGAGCGCUUCAGACGCCUCUGCAUAUCGCAGCUAGAAAUGGCCUUGUGACAGUGGUUGAGGUUCUGCUGACUCGAGGAGCAACAGUUCUGGCCGUAGAUGAGGAUGGACACACUCCAGCAUUGGCUUGUGCACCAAAUAAAGAGGUGGCGAAGUGCCUGGCGCUCAUCAUUUCCACUAUGAAGCCGUUCAUCGGUUUGAUGAAGAACUGUGGCAGUGGUGUUUCCCAUCAGCCCCUGCGUAACGGCGUAUCUCUACACCUGCUCACCGAGGAGCCGCAGGGCUGAGCAUCAUUUUUAAUAGCAUCUGUCCUGCUGGAAGGUAGCUAAACAGACUUUUCACAACACUUUUUAUGUAUUUAUAUUAAAAAAACGACGAAUAAAAGGCUAUUUGGUUUCCCUGCAAACUCCUGACGUGCUCCACAAGAUGUAAACAUGUCAAAAUAAAGUCUCCUGCUCAUGGAAUAUGAUGCUUUUUUCAUGACUUUAGACAUAAUUUCAUCAUGGACACUAUUCACAAGACUGUUUAUAAGUCAUCAGCAUCUUAAAUCCUUGAAAGUUUUUAAUAUUUUGACUAAGAUGUAAAAUAAGUCUUUGGUUUCAUGUAUCUGUGAAAUUUCAGCUCAAAAUUCUCAUCAGAUCAUUUUUGAAACCCUUCUGAAUAUGUGAAUUCAGACCUGCCUGUGCCUUUAAAUGCAAAUGAGCUGGUUCUCCCCGCCCACCGUUCCCACAAGCGUUGUUUUUCCUGCUGCUUCACGUCAGAUAAACAGCAGUCGGUGAUAGACACAGACACUGAUGAAGUAGAGAUCCUGUUUAUGAGUCAAAAAUACCAAGUAUGGUUAUUUUAUGUACUUGUUGUGAAGUUUAUUCAAGCCUUUCUGCAACGACGAGUCACACAAAUGCCAUUGCGCAUACGCACACAUGCACACGUUUAAAUCUGCACUGUUUUUGCACAUCUACUUGCAGCAAAUCUGGAUAUGAAUUAUGAUGUUGUACGAAAUAAACCAGAUUUAACGCCCACAAA